AUGGCGGAAAAGGUUGAACCUUUUCGCGAAGGAUGGGUGGAGUCUGUCACUCUCGCGAAGAUGUUCAUCGCGCGGCUAACUCAUGCUGACGAGCUCCGUAGCGAUGACACCAUGAUCAAACAUUUUGCAGAAGUGAUUCCACACGAAGACCUGGCGGGGCUGUGUCGUUCCCUCCGACACAUUCCAGUAGUGAAGGAGUACACAGCGUCACUGGUUCCAGCUGAGCUUUUCAAAAUCAUGGACAAGCAGAAUCAGUCGUUGGAAGUGUAG